UUUGUUUCUUUUGAAAUCUGAAUCUUGCCACAUAGUGGAACUGAAGUUAUAUCUUCCCACAGACCAACUCUCAUAAUGACAGACGCUGGUUUGUUUUAAUUAUAACCUUGAAACUUGAAUCACAUCUGAUAUGGUUAUUUUGAAUAAAGAGGGAAGGAACCUUCUAGUGUAUAUAAAGCUCUUCAAAACAACCAUCUUCUAGGAGAAACGAAACUGAAGACAGACUUUAUAUCCGACUCUCUUGGGUGCUUGAGAAGAACCGUCCCCAUGCUACUAACGCUGAUGAUUCUGGGCCUUGCUGCCCUCAUUGGUACUUCUGAGAGUCAGACUGGAUGCUAUGGUGACAUAAACAAGGUUGAUACCACUGGGGCUUCCUGUAGAACUGCAAAAGCAGAACACUUAUCCUACUGUGGAGUUCGUGCUUCAACAACAAUUGCAGCGAAAGACUUACGUACUAUGAACAAUUAUAAAACCAUCAUUAAGAACGCUGGAAGAAAAAAAUGUGUGGAUCCAGCUGUGAUUGCUGGUAUCAUCUCUCGAGAGUCACAUGCUGGAAAGGCUCUAAAGGAUGGCUGGGGUGAUCGUGGAAAUGGAUUUGGUUUGAUGCAGGUUGAUAAACGCUACCAUAAAUUGGUUGGACAAUGGAAUAGUGAGGCACAUGUCCUUCAGGGGACAGGCAUUCUUGUUGAUAUGAUUAAAGGAAUCCAGAAAAAGUUCCCCAGAUGGACAAAGGAACAACAGCUGAAAGGAGGGAUUUCUGCCUACAAUGCAGGACUACGAAACGUCCAAACCUAUGAUAAAAUGGACAUUGGCACAACCGGCAAUGACUAUGCCAAUGAUGUCGUUGCACGAGCCAAGUUUUAUAAGAGAAACGGAUACAAUAAUUAGUGAGGUGUUCAGGAGUGACACUAUAUCUGGGGAGAUAAGAAGCUGGAACCUGCAAAACCUUACUGAUGUAAAUAAACCCAUUGUGGGAAGUCUUGCUUAAAUAAGGAUUUGCAGUCUCAGGUACCAGAUUUUUAAAUUGUGUAAUCGGUAAAACAUUGGUCAUAUCAAAGGAAAUAGUUUUGAGAGUAUUAAUAAGA